GGAGAGACGGAGGCCAGCGCGGGGAGCGGAAGCCGGAGCCUGUCGGGAGCGACCCCGGGAAGGCCAGUCCCUCCUGCCGGAGGGAGGCGUGUUGGCGUGCGGCCGGUGGCGGGAUCGAUGGCCACCUGGUAGGCGAUGCUGCUGCGGCGGAGAGACGGAGGCCAGCGCGGGGAGCGGAAGCCGGAGCCUGUCGGGAGCGACCCCGGGAAGGCCAGUCCCUCCUGCCGGAGGGAGGCGUGUUGGCGUGCGGCCGGUGGCGGGAUCGAUGGCCACCUGGUAGGCGAUGCUGCUGUGGCGGAGAACGGAGGCCAGCGCGGGGAGCGGAAGCCGGAGCCUGUCGGGAGCGACCCCGGGAAGGCCAGUCCCUCCUGCCGGAGGGAGGCGUGUUGGCGUGCGGCCGGUGGCGGGAUCGAUGGCCACCUGCUGCUGCGGCGGAGAAACGGAGGCCAGCGCGGGGAGCGGAAGCCGGAGCCUGUCGGGAGCGACCCCGGGAAGGCCAGUCCCUCCUGCCGGAGGGAGGCGUGUUGGCGUGCGGCCGGUGGCGGGAUCGAUGGCCACCUGCUGCUGCGGCGGAGAAACGGAGGCCAGCGCGGGGAGCGGAAGCCGGAGCCUGUCGGGAGCGACCCCGGGAAGGCCAGUCCCUCCUGCCGGAGGGAGGCGUGUUGGCGUGCGGCCGGUGGCGGGAUCGAUGGCCACCUGCUGCUGCGGCGGAGAAACGGAGGCCAGCGCGGGGAGCGGAAGCCGGAGCCUGUCGGGAGCGACCCCGGGAAGGCCAGUCCCUCCUGCCGGAGGGAGGCGUGUUGGCGUGCGGCCGGUGGCGGGAUCGAUGGCCACCUGCUGCUGCGGCGGAGAAACGGAGGCCAGCGCGGGGAGCGGAAGCCGGAGCCUGUCGGGAGCGACCCCGGGAAGGCCAGUCCCUCCUGCCGGAGGGAGGCGUGUUGGCGUGCGGCCGGUGGCGGGAUCGAUGGCCACCUGCUGCUGCGGCGGAGAAACGGAGGCCAGCGCGGGGAGCGGAAGCCGGAGCCUGUCGGGAGCAACCCCGGGAAGGCCAGUCCCUCCUGCCGGAGGGAGGCGUGUUGGCGUGCGGCCGGUGGCGGGAUCGAUGGCCACCUGCUGCUGCGGCGGAGAAACGGAGGCCAGCGCGGGGAGCGGAAGCCGGAGCCUGUCGGGAGCGACCCCGGGAAGGCCAGUCCCUCCUGCCGGAGGGUGGCGUGUUGGCGUGCGGCCGGUGGCGGGAUCGAUGGCCACCUGCUGCUGCGGCGGAGAAACGGAGGCCAGCGCGGGGAGCGGAAGCCGGAGCCUGUCGGGAGCGACCCCGGGAAGGCCAGUCCCUCCUGCCGGAGGGUGGCGUGUUGGCGUGCGGCCGGUGGCGGGAUCGAUGGCCACCUGCUGCUGCGGCGGAGAACGGAGGCCAGC